CCGAUCAGACGAAUCAGUCGGGGGUCCAGUAACCAGGAUUAAAGAAUCGACAUAAAAUGCACUUCGUCUUAAUAUUAUAAAAAAGCAAAAUAGAAUGCAAACUAAAAAUAGCUUACGAUUACUCGGAAGAAGAGUGCAGCUAUGAAACAUUGAAACAAGUACGUGAAAUACCAGACUGGAGAGCGUAAAAAAAGCAACUUCUGAGUUGCAACUUUCUUUUGGAGUGAUUUGUGGUAGGAUACAUUGUGGUCGAAUGCCCAGAGUUAACGCACUGGUUGUAGCUAACUGAUUUGGCUGGCCAUAAAUCUAGUCUGUAUCACGUCGAGGACGUUGUGUUAGUAGGCUAUCAUUUGUGGUGGGGUGAUAAACCUGAGACGGAGCUUGUGAAGUUUUGUACAAAAUAUAUUUCUUAAUGCGUUAAUUAAACGUUAAUGUAGUGCGUCCCUCUACGGACACGCGUUGGUUACCUAUUCGCUCGCAUUUCGCCCGUGUCGCCCGUGGAUCUGAAGGUGUAGCCAGACUGGGAGACUGAAUUUUACUGCGAGAGAAACCUAAGGCUGUCCGCAACAUCGCAACCUCCAAACUUUUCGGACGCUUAAAGACCCCUGGAUUAACGGAACUAAAUUUUAAAAAGACUUGGAUGGGGCACACACAGUGCAUUUCGCAGACGCGGGAGACUGACACUCAGACGCGAAGGACUGAGGGUCGCAGACAAAGCCCCCACACCUUCCGUACAGUCUUCAAGCCCGCUGGUGUUCCCGUGAAGACGGGACGGAUGAUUCUUCCGAACCUAAUCCCCGAGAAAUCCCUCAUCCCGGUACGUCUCAAAGACCCCGGCCUGGAACCAAGGCGGAGAGACUCAACCAAGGAUGUCGUUCGACUGGAGAGUGCAAUGACCCAUCUUACAGAGUCUGGCUGGUACUGGGGCUCCAUCACUGCUACUGAGGCCAAGCAGGUGCUGGGUGAGGCCGUGGAGGGCACCUUCCUGCUACGGGACAGCUCCAACCCAGGCUACCUCCUCACCCUCUCGGUGAAGACCAGCCUGGGCCCCACGCACCUGCGCAUCAAGUACUCAGAUGGGGUGUUCGGCUUCGACUCCCUAGUGAUGGCCCGGCCCAGGCUGCGGCAGUUCGAGGGGGCGGUGGAGCUGGUGCAGCACUACGCCCUGGCCUACCAGCGCUCCACCAGCCUGCCGGAACCACCUGCGCCCCAGGAGGAAGAGGGCGAGGACCCCCCCCGGGGUGCCGAGACCACCCUCCAGCUCAAGCUCACCCGACCUCUGUACAAGUCUGCCCCCAGCCUCCAGCACCUGUGCCGUGUUGCCAUAAACCAGCACUCACGUAGUCACCAAGACUUGCCCCUUCCUGAGAGACUCAAGGACUUCCUGCUGGAAUACCCUUUUUUACUAUAGCGACUACGGCUUGGUCUCCUUUUUGAUACCCGUGAAUUAGAAUCAUUUUUGGUUGAGGACGGCUUGGGGAGGGUGUGCUGGUUGGCCAUGGUUCCGCCAGCAUUGUGAACGCUCUCAUCUACAGGAGGGAUCUUCACAGAAACAUCCUGGAUUGUCAGGAUUUUCCUGACAUGUCAGGGCCAAAGUCAGAAAAAUCAGAAAUCCCCAUCUGGGAUAGGUAGUGUACUGCAAGGAACUGAGUUUAUGAACAACUGCUAUUGUUUGAAAAUGACGGCAUCUUUUUUUUCAGAAAGUAAGUAUUUUUUAAAUACACUGCACUGUUUUUAAGGAAUAGUGGUAAAAGAUAGCACCCUCCCUGCAAUUAUUGUAAAUAAGGUUUGUGAGAAAAAGAACGCUGGAUUGGUUCAAUUAAGUGGAAACCCUGUCUGGUUUAUAUAACCCUUUGGAAAUAUGUAAUAGGCCAAAAAAAAACCCACUGUCCUAUCAGUGUGGGAUAACAAAGAGAUGAUAAUAUGAAGAAUUUGACCACAGUAAAUGCAGUAAAAUGCAUUUUUUGCUAUUUCUUUUCUAAAUCACUUUAAAUAUGACAACUGGUAGAUUGGUAUGUGAAUGAAA